UCAGUACAGGUUGACGUGACUUCUGCUUCUGCCGGGAAAUAUAUAUUAGUGAUUUCUAUAACCUUGUGCCAUAUUUCUCCAGGCUACCAGCUGCUUAUUAGCCUUUGCCAAGAUGGCACAAGUUAUUGUGAGUCAUAUCUGAAGCAUCCAGCUGCUCCCGUCCCACUCUGAUAGUGCCCACUGCAGCCUAUAAAGGAUCAUUUUGGUCCUCUGUUGAUCGCUGAGACGUACAGAAACAUGAGGAAGAUGCUGCUCUGGGCGGGACUGUUCCUGCUGCUACACUUAGAGCUGGGCUCUGCCUAUAAGCUGGUUUGUUACUUUACAAACUGGUCACAGUACCGACAGGAACCUGCAAAGUUUAUGCCAGGGAACGUGGACCCGCAGCUGUGCACUCACCUCCUGUACGCCUUCGCCACUAUAAACGAUAACAAGAUUGCAACAUAUGAGUGGAAUGAUGAUGUUCUCUACAAGCAGUUUAAUGACUUGAAAAAACAAAAUCCAAAAUUGGUGACAUUAUUGUCUGUUGGUGGUUGGAACUUUGGAACACAAAAAUUCACAACAAUGGUGUCUAGUGCUGCGAACCGUAAGAUCUUCAUCGAUUCUCUUAUUAAACAUCUGAGAAAAUAUGACUUUAAUGGUAUUGACCUUGACUUUGAGUUCCCGGGAUCUAGAGGCAGCCCACCCGAAGACAAGCAAAGAUUUACUAUAUUGACACAGGAAAUCCUGGCUGCCUUCAUUGCAGAAGGAGCUGCCACAAAUCGUCCAAGACUCCUGGUAACAGCAGCUGUCUCUGCAGGAAAAGGAACCAUUGAUGCAGGCUAUGAGAUUGCUAAGAUUGGAAAGACUUUAGAUUUUAUCAGUGUUAUGACCUAUGAUUUCCAUGGUGGUUGGGAUACAAUAUCCGGACACAACAGCCCCCUGUGCCAAGGGUCCACAGACAUCGGCGACAUGGUGUAUUUCAACAUUAGAUAUGCUAUGAACUACUGGAAAGAUAAUGGGGUCCCUGCAGAAAAGCUCAUUAUGGGAAUUCCAACCUAUGGACGAACCUUUAGAAACCCGAAUCCAAGUCUAUGUGACGUAGGGAUCCCAGUGUCUGGCGCAGGUUCUUCUGGGCCUAAUACCGGAGAGGCUGGCUUUUGGGCCUACUAUGAGAUCUGCACCUGGCUAAAAGGAACAACAGUGAAAUGGAUUCCAGACCAGAAGGUACCAUAUGCCUGCAAGGACAAUGAGUGGGUCGGAUUUGACAACAAACAGAGUUAUGAGUGCAAAGUAAAGUUCCUGAAGGACAGUGGCUUUGGUGGUGCUAUGGUCUGGGCUAUGGAUCUGGAUGAUUUCCUUGGUACUUCCUGCAAUGAGGGCAAAUUUCCAUUGAUCAAUCACCUGAAAUCUCUGCUAAAAGGUUCAGUCACAAACUGCCCUGGAGAUCCCUGUGACUCUUCCCAACCUCCCCCAGUUGUACCCAAAUCCUCUCCACCAGACAACCCUAAACCACCAGCUGGUACUGAGGUCGACCCUAACUACUGUGCUGGUAAAGUUGAUGGUUUCUACGUUAACCCUGUAAAUGCCAACAGGUUCUACCGGUGUGUAGCAGGCAUUACCUACUCUCAGCAGUGUCCAGCAGGGACUGUGUUUGACUCCAGCUGUACAUGCUGCAACUGGCCCUAAGAAGACCAUCUCCACAUUAGCUUAAUGUAUCUAUAGCAACUGCAAUCUCAAUAAAUUCACAGCUAAAUAUGCAACACUUCCUCGCCUCACAUCCUGUACAUUUACAUCUAUAAAUGUGGCUUUUUAUGUCAUCAUUAAUAAAAAUAAAUAUUUUAAGUGAUA